AUGGCUCUGCCGAAGCGCAUUGUCAAGGAGACGGAGCGUCUCAUGGCCGAUCCCGCUCCGGGCAUCAUGGCGUAUCCUCAUGAGGACAAUCUGCGGUAUUUUGAUGUUGUCAUGUCGGGUCCCGCACAGAGCCCGUUUGAAGGCGGCUCCUUCAAACUGGAGCUGUUCCUUCCGGAGGAUUACCCGAUGGCGCCACCCCGUGUGCGUUUCUUGACUCGCAUCUAUCAUCCCAACAUUGACAAGCUAGGCCGCAUUUGCCUGGAUAUCUUAAAGGAUAAAUGGUCGCCUGCGCUUCAGGUGCGCACUGUGUUGCUAUCGAUCCAGGCCCUUCUCUCGGCCCCGAACCCUGACGAUCCGCUUGCCAACGACGUAGCGGAACAUUAUAAGACCAACGAAAAGGCGUAUGUACAUGCGUCUCACACCAGUGCUAUCGAGACCAGUCGUGAAUGGACGAAGAAGUAUGCCAUGUAG